AUGGACGAAGACAGUGGAAGUGGAACCAUCAACAUUUCACCGAUGAAAAGAAAUCCUCAUGGAACCGCUGUAUGCAGUGACCAGUUGCCGCAUGGUGGGGACUUUUGGCCUCGAGACAGCGGAGCGCAGUCAUUUGUAUGCGCGUGCCGUAUGCAUUCUCUCGUGGCGCGGAGUAUAGUUUAUGAUAUGAACCAUGAAGAACAUACUAACAAUAAUAUAACACAGUCUAAUCUUAUUAUUGUUCACUCUGAAUAUUAA